AAUGGACUCAUAAUAUAUGGGAGCGGAUAGGUCAGAUUAAAAAACAAAGGGUAUUUCAGCUACUGCCAGUCUUCUGCAGCGGCGGCGCGUGAUGGACACGUUCUACACUGGUAUCCAUUACUGGCUAGUCGACCACCCAAUUAUCAGCCAAUACGAAUGGAAACCCUACCGAUCCCCCGGCGCGUCGCCGCUGUUUGUCGCCGGCGCCGUCUCCGCCUAUUUCGCCCUCAUCCUCUCCCUCCGCCGCUUCCCGCUGCUCCUCCCCUCCGCCGCGGCGCUUCGCGUCGUCACUGCCGCCCACAGCCUUAAUCUCUGCCUCCUCUCGCUCGUGAUGGCCAUCGGCUGCACUCUAUCCGCUAUCCACCAGACGCCGCCGGACCGCCCGAUUUGGGCGGUCUGCUUCCCCUCCGGCGGCACGCCGCCGCGCGGACCGACGUUCUUCUGGGCGCACGUGUUCUACUUCUCGAAAAUCCUCGAAUUCGUGGACACAGUCCUGAUCCUCCUCAGCGAAUCGCGGUCCCGGCGGCUGACGUUCCUCCACGUCUACCACCACGCGGCGGUGGUGGUGAUGUGCUACCUCUGGCUCGCCGCCUCUCAGUCGCUGUUCCCGGUGGCGCUCGUGACGAACGCGGCGGUGCACGUGGUGAUGUACGGAUACUACCUGCUGUGCGCGCUAGGGAUUCGGCCGUCUUGGAAGCGAUUGGUCACCGACUGUCAGAUUAUCCAGUUCGUAUUCAGCUUCGCCAUUUCGGGUUGGAUGCUCCACCACCACUUUAACGGGUCGGGUUGCGAGGGAAUAUGGGGCUGGUGCUUCAAUGCGGUUUUUAACGCCUCGCUUUUUGCCCUCUUUCUGAAUUUUCAUUUUCAAAAUUAUGCCAAGAAGAAUAAAAUUCAUUGAUUUCCGACAAAUAAAACCAUUAAAAAAAAUAUUGUAGCCUUUUGCGUUUCUCUAUUUCUUCUUCAUUCAUUGUUAUUCAAUAAAUUGACAUAUGCCCAUGA